AUGACUUCGCUGCCGCCCGCGUCCAAUCUCCACGCGAUCCUCCUCGUCAGCAAAUCGCGCUCUCUCGGCCCGCGCCUCGUGUUCCACUACCCGCCGCUAUCCCCCUCGGCAGCAGCACUCGCAGCGGCCAAAGACCCAGCGUGGUUCCGCAACGAGACGACAACCGCGAGCGUCGCGUCGCAGAGCUCCGACAGCGACUGGGACAGCAGCACCGAGAAUGAGGACGAUGGCGACAUCGAUAUAGGGAGUCGUACGAGCGGGGGGCGCACGUCGGGCCGCACGGGAGCCAGCUUCCGGGAGCGCGAGAAGUCGAGGCUGGGGGUGGCGGGGUGGGGCAAGCAGGAGACGAUUGACGAGGAGGACGAUGAGGACGGCGAGGAUGGGAGCGGGGGCGGCCGGCAGAGGGGCGGCGACCACGACUGGGGCACCGUGCUGGGCUUCAAGGUCGACGCGCUCGAGAAGAUGCUGAGCCCGGGGAAAGAGUACAACAAGCGCCGCUUCGAGCUGGCCGUCGAGAGCAUCGUCUUUGUCGGCGCGCCCAUGUUUGUGCGCGACGACGGGCUGUGGAAGAAGCGGAAGCGGCGGCGGCGGAAGAAGGCCGCGAGGGAGGACAGCCACCUGAUGAAGCUGGCCAUGGAAGACGACGACGACGACGACGAUGGAUACGACGACGAAGAAGAAGGGCGGGCGCCCAUAGCAGAGCCAUUUGUCUACCCGGCAGGCUUCGAGCCCGGCUACGGCCACGACGUCUCGGCAGCCCCCUCGGAGGCAUCGGACGCGCGCAGCAACUCGACAACCCACGACAGCAACCCGGACAUGACCAUGUUCAACGUCGUCUUCGUCCUCAACCCGCCCGCCCUCGAGUACCAGCAGCGCGUCAAGGAGAUGUACGACAACGUCACGCGCAAGUACGCAAAGGCGCUCAAGUACGAGCAGGCGCGCUUCGAGUACGUGUGGCGCGAGUCGAAACGCAUCAUCGACUUCAAGCAGCGCGCAAAGGAGACCAACGAGUCGCUCACGGCCACGUGGCGCAACAUCACCACCAUGUCGCCCCUGGCCAAGUCGAUUGCCACCAUGUUCGACGCCAUCUCCAACGACAAGAUCGCCCACAUCCACUUCGACGCCACCUUCAACACGUCCUUCCAGAUCCCCCAGCCCGACUCGACGCCCUACCUGCCCAACGCCCUCGAGCCCCAGAUGCCCGGCCUCUGGCUGACCACGUCCAACGUCAUGCUGGAGAAGGACGAGGCCCCCAUGACGCAGCACGCCACCCUGCUCCUGCUGGACGACGCAGAGACGCUGAUCAAGCAUCUGGGCAGUGACUCGGCCGCCAACGCUGCCGCCAUCGCCUUCUACAUCCGCGCCAUCGUUCCCACAAAGUCGCUGCUCAAAAUCUCCAAAACACACAACAUCCUCGCCCAGGACAUGGAGUACAUCGCCUCGCAUCUCGUCUACUGGAGGCGCGCGCGUCUCAUCGCCCCCUUGUCCCCGCGCGAUACUUACAUUGUGAGUCCCAACGCAGACAUGACGGCCCUGCCCUCCGCCGUCAUCGCCUACGCCCAGCGCUUCCCCACGCUCCCCACGCUGCCCAAGAUCCUCAGCAUGCUCUCCGGCACCCCGUAUCCCUACAAAAAGCUCAUCCCCACCGCCGACCACCGCGACGCGUACAUGGAGAUCCUCGCCUGGCUGAUGCGCGGCGGCUGGGUCACGCAGCUGCGCACCUUCGCAUGGGUGCGCGUUACGCCCGAGAUCAAAGCCCAGGUCGCCAUGGAAAUGGCGCGCGAGGAGCGGAUCAAGAAAGCAGAAGACGCACGGAAGGAGUUGAUGAGCGAUAACGGGUCGGUUGCCGACUCCAUCCUGUCAGACAAGCGGUCUAGUCUCUUCUCCGCUGGCACAGGCGCAAGCACCAUCCGCUCGUCCACGCCACUCCGCCGCACAACUACAAACACCACCACCACCACCACGACGCGGCGCGACAAACUCGAGCCGCCAGACGAGCAAAUGGACGCCAGCACCAUCCUCAGCCCGCGCAAUCACCCCACGCCGCACUACCGCGGCUCCCCCGCCCGCGCCGUCUCAGACGCAGGAAGCACAGGCACAACCAUCGCGCUGCACCCGCCACGCGCCGACUCGCCCUCCUCACACCUCAACCUCGCCCUCGCCCUCGCAGGCCGCGAGAACAAACCUCACCGUCCCUCACCCCUGCACAUGAACCCCCCGCCGUCCCCCGAGCCCACCAUCUCCCCCGCAGACUACACGCCCUCGCUGGUCCUCUCCCCGCAAAAAGCCUCCUCCCUCGAGGCCCGCUGGCUCGAACGCAUCGGCCAGACCUUCGACGAAGACACCACCACACAAGACGAGAACGAGAAUGCGAGUCCGCCCAAGAGUCUGUUCGAUGGUGGAGGUAGUGGGCGCAUCCCCGGCCGCGAGCUGCGCGAGCACUGGCCCGUGUUCCUGCGGCAUCUGGACGGGCGGCACGCGGUGGAGGAUGUGGCGCCACGGGAGGGCAUGAAGCGGAAGAAGGUCGUUGGUGUGUUUCAGGCGCUGAGGGAGAGGGGGUGGUUGGUUGUUGUGCGGCAUUGGUAG